AUCUUAUAUUUUGUUGUUGUAUAAUAACUAAUGCCAUCUUAACAAAAAAAAAAGUUAGUAUAUAUUCUCAUCUUUCUCCAUUCCUUUUUAUCAUUAUCAUUUAUCAUUUAUCUCUCUUCUAUAGUUUUUUCUUUCUCCAAGAACACAUAACACAAGAUCAUGGAAGCAACACAUAGGAUGGGAUUGUAUCAUAUGAAAGUAACACAUGAUGAAGAGCAUAAGUUGAUGAGUAUGUUGGGAGGAUUUCAUGAUCAUCAUGAUGAUACAUUCAUUAGUGAAUCAAGUUCAUCCUCCUUUGAAGACUCAAAUAACUCUAUGGAAUCAUCUUCAUCGGAUUUGCUUGAUGAUGCAUCAUCAUCUUCAUCAACAUCAUCUUCAUCAUCACCAAGGCAAUCAAAUGGACCAUUGUAUGAAUUAUCCGAGCUCAUGAACCAACUUCCCAUCAAGAGAGGAUUAUCAAAGUUUUACCAAGGGAAGUCACAAUCAUUUACGUCACUAGCCAAAGUGGCAAGCUUAGAAGAUCUUGCAAAGAAAGAUACACCAUAUCAAAGAAGAUUAAAAGCUUGUAAAAGUUAUGGUGGUGGUUUAAAUAAUUAUAGAUCACCAAAAGCUGGAAUUUCAAAGAAAGUUUCAAAGGGUUCUUUAUCAAAUUUCUCUUGUUUAAGUAGGAAAUCUAGUUUUAUAGGUAGUUGUAGACCUCCGCUAAGUCGUGUACAAACUACCUUCUAAUUGUGUAUUAGCUUUUUCAUAAUUACUUAUUAUUACGACGUGAGUAGAUCGAAAUGGAAUCGAUAUGAGUAUGAUGAACAUAGCUAGCUAGUGUUUGAAUAUACGUUGUACAAUUACUUAAUCACCUUAUUACGUAGUACGGAGUACUUACGAUUUAUUUGAAAAUUAAGAGGUAUUAAUUUAUCGGCAAUUUGAUUGA